CGAGUGUUCCCUCCAAUCUGCCUCUGACCCACAUGGCCCUUAUUCCCUCUUUUCCCACCUCUCCACUUCGCCAUGCCUCUUGGUUGCCCUGCGAGUCACAGAAGGGUAGGGGGUGUGGCCGAGGAGGGUGAAAAUCCUUCACUCUGCUUCCCCUUUCACUCUCAGAUGCGCCCAGGGUCGCCGAAGAAGGAAGACACGAGGAAACAGGUUCCUGCUUAGACACAGCACCAUGCAUCUCCUCGGCCCCUCACUCCUGCUCCUUGCUAAUAUUCUAGAAUACUUGGCCUUCUCUGACUCAUCUAAAUGGAGGGUUGAGCACCCCCACACUCUCUACAGCUGGGAGGGGGCCUGCGUCUGGAUUCCCUGUACCUACACAGUUUACUCUGGGAGGAAGGAUGAGCUGGAAGAACUGAUCGUGUACAGAAACUAUAAAUAUGAUGAAGCCACCAAGAGCUUUGAGGGGCUUAUUCUGUAUAAUGACACAAAGCCUUGGAAGGGUCCUGAUCCCCUGGAGAGGGUUCAGUUCCUGGGAGACCAAAGAUCCAACUGCACCAUACACAUCAACCCUGUACUGGAAGAAGAUGAUGGCUGGCUGGGGCUGAGGAUGAUAAAGAAGAAUUCCAAAUGGAUGGAGAGAAUAGACCUCAAUGUCUCCAAGACCCCGCUUCCACUUCAAAUUCAGCUCCCUCCAGAAAUCCAGGAGUUCCGGGAAGCCACUCUGACCUGCUUGCUGAAUUUCUCCUGCCCUGGGUACAAUAUCCAGCUGCAGUGGUCCCUGGAAGGGGAUCCUGGAGGGUCCCUGAAGGAGCGUGCCAUCACCUUGACCUCCCUGACUACCAAGACUAUCUCCACCCAGAGCAAGCUCACCUUCCAGCCGCGGUGGACGCAACACGGCAAGAAUCUGACGUGCCAGCUCUGGGACCGCAAAGCAGAGCAGAUGCUCUCCAAGGCAACGGUGUUGCUAGAUGUGAAGCAUGUCCCAAAGUUGAAGAUUGAGGGCAGUCCCAAAGAAGUCAAUGUAACAGAGGGAGAGUCUGUGACCAUGACGUGCCAGGUCAUUAGCAGCAACCCAGAGGUCCGGAACAUAGCCUGGCUCAAAGACGGCACCCGGCUGAGGGAGCAGAAGACAUCCACGCUAACUCUGUUCUCUGUGACCAAGAAGAUGAGUGGAAAGUACCAGUGUGAGGCCUUCAAUGACGUAGGCUCAGGACAGUCGGAUGCAGUGGUCCUCCAAGUGUAUUAUGCUCCGGAACCUUCCAGGGUUGAGAUCUUCUCCUCGACAGCUAAGGAGGGGGAUCAAGUAGUGAUGACUUGUAUGUCACUGGCCAAUCCUCCUCCAACCAAUUACACCUGGUAUCACAACGGGGUGGCAGUGCCGGGAAGGACAAGCAAGAUCUUCCAGAUCCCAGCGGUUCUCCUCAGCCAAGCUGGGAAAUACUCAUGCAUGGCAGAAAACAGACUUGGUUCUAGUCAAAUUGGCCAGGAGACUGAGUUAGACAUCCAGUAUGCUCCCAAAGAGGUAACCACGGUGAUUGAAAACCCCAUGCGGAUUCAAGAAGGAGAUACUGUGACCCUGUCCUGUAACUACAGCUCCAGCAAUCCCGGAGUUACCCAAUAUGUAUGGAACUUCCAAGGCUCUCAGAUGAAACAACCACAUGAGGUGCUGAUAAUUCAAAAAGUUGCCUGGAACACCAGGCCAAUCACCUGUGCAGCCUGUAACCAGUGGUGUUCGUGGGCUCCCAUUGUCAACCUGGAUGUCCAGUAUGCCCCCAAGGAUGUCAGGGUCCAGCAGAUCAUCCCCUCUUCUGAGAUUCGCUCUGGGAACCGAGUCCGCCUUGAAUGUAACUUCUCAAGUAGCCGCCCCAGAGACGUCCGCUUCUUCUGGAAGAAAAAUGGAAUCUUUCUGAAGGAAGGAAAAGAACUGAGCUUUGACUCCGUCUCUCCAGAAGAUGCUGGCAAUUACAAUUGCUUUGUCAACAAUUCCAUAGGUCAGACCAUGUCUGAGGCCAGGACGCUCCAAGUGCUAUAUGCACCAAGGAUGCUGCAUGUGGCCAUCAGCCCGAAGGACCAAGUGAUGGAGGGGAAGAAGGCCAUCCUGACGUGUGAGAGUGAUGCCAACCCUUCUGUCCUCCAGUACACCUGGUUUGACUGGAAGAACCAAAACCUCCACCAUUACGAUCAGAUGCUGAGAUUGGAUCCUGUGAAGAUCCAGCACUCAGGUGCCUACCGGUGCGAGGCCACCAAUCAGCUGGGCAGGGUCCAGUCGCCCCCCAGCACCCUCACUGUCUACUACAGCCCAGAAACCAUCGGCAGGCGAGUGGCUGUGGGAGUGGGGUUCUGCCUGGCCACCCUCCUCCUGGCGUUCUGGGGAGUCAAGCUUCAGCGAAGCUGGAAGAGGAUACGGAGCCAGCAGGGGCUCCAGGAAAGUUCCAGUGGCCAGAGCUUCUUUGUGAGGAAGCAAAAGGUUAGAAGGGCCCCACUCUCCGAAGAGCCCAACUCCCUGGGGUGCUACAAUCCUGUGAUGGAAGAUGCCGUCAGUUAUGCUGCCUUGCGCUUUCCUGUCGGCGACAAUGACACACCAAGAACUGGGGGCUCGGGGAGUUUGAAACAGGAAGAGUUCACGCAAAAGUCUUCAUCUGCGGCCAUCCACCCACCCUCCUUCAGAGAUGCAAGGACCCUGGAGACAGAGGGACCUUCUCCAAACACGGAUGACACCGUCACUUACUCUGUCUUGAAGAAGUGUCGAGUGGGCGACUAUGAGAACGUGCUUCCAAACAGUCCAGAAGAUGAGGGGAUACACUACUCGGAGCUGGUUCAUCUUGGGGUGGGGGAGCGGCCUCAGGCCCAGGAAGCCGUGGAAUACGUGACCCUCAAGCACUGAGGGGCCACACCCGCUGGAGCAGAGGCACCGAGGAAGAGACCAGAGGGAGAGACCAGGGACGGAGGAGCUGGCCCCACCCCUGCUGCUCAGCUGCAAAGCCACACAACCUCCCUUCCACAUCCAAGCACACGCACGCGCACACACACACCAUCACUCAUGCCCUGGUCAGCGCCCAGAACUUCGUAUGUGGCCCAGGGAUGGGCUUCCUUCUCCACGCUGGUGACCCUGACCUUCCCAAAGACUUUCCUUGUCCGCUUUCCUUCCCACUGGGAAAGUCCUCUAAACCCCGAUCCUGCACUGCACACAUCCCCCUGCCCCUUCCUGGCCACCUGCCGCCUACCCCCAUCCCCCACCCCCAAACCCCAUCCCCAGCGGGCCGGCAUCCCUGCUGGAGUCAGCUUGUGACUGUAUUUUUUCCUUUCCCUCUCCAUCCAUUUGGACCUCUCACUCCUGCUCUGAAAGCCGCACUCACUGGUCCUGUGCCUAAUUUCUGCCUCUGGGGCAAAGCACAGGGAUAGAGCGGCUGUCCUGAGCUGCGUUCUCCACAGGUCAGCAAGGCAUUCCAUUACGCUGCUGCAGCCCCUCCCCAUGGGGGUCUGGUGGGCUGAGACUUACACUGGUGUGGACAGACGUGUAACACACACAGAGCUGCAUAAUAAAGAUGGCUCAGAUACCACCUCAAAGAA